AUGAGCUUCGCGUCUAGUCAUUCUUCAUUGCCUACUGAUGGCCAGAUGAGGGCUGCUCACACAUCAGUGUACGACAAGAACCUGGAUGAUCAGGAGCGUCCAAAUGUGGUCCCGGAUGAUGUGAUCAAGCCCGAUUCGGACAAAUACUGGGCUCCACACCCACGAACCGGUGUCUUUGGGCCUGCCACCGAGCACCUCUCUGAGAUCAGCAGGGACGGUGCCUCUGUGGCAAAAGGUGGUCAGGACCCAGAGUUGGAUGAGAAGGCCUGGUUCCGCCCCACCAGUCUCGAGGACUUGGAGAAGCCACCCCAACCAUAA